AUGUCGAAUGCUGCUCAACUCUAUUCAAUAGCAACAAAUGUGAAUCGAUAUGGAUCAUUGAUUAUAUUUCUAUUUGGAUCUGUCGGUACCGUAUUGAAUGUGAUUAUAUUUAGUAUCGAUCGAGAAUUAAAGCAAAAUCCAUGUUCUCGUCUCUUCUUGAGUUCAUCGAUUGCCGCUUGUGUUGCAUUAUUUUCCGGUUUACCAAAUCGAUUUCUCACUUCAUUUGGUUUGGAUUUAAUGGUACAACAUGAUAUUCUAUGUAAAUUUUAUAUGAUCAUUCUUCUUUGUUCAUUGAGUUGUUCAGCGUCAUUCAUUGCUCUUGUGUCAAUUGAACGUUGGCUAAAUAGUUCUGUCGAAGCAAAUUAUCGAAUAAUUUCAUCAAUGAAGAACGUCAAUAGAGCUAUUAUUACAACAAUAACUGUUCUAGUUUUGUGCUACGGUCAAAUGCUUUAUUGUCAUGCAGUCAAUCAAAAAGGUUCACGACGUGCAUGUACUGGAAUCAAUAUCGUAUGUCUCUAUUUAAAUGAUUUUAUCCAUCUUAUUCUAUUCGUCAUUAUUCCAGUUGGUAUUAUGAUAAUAUUUGGCUUGUUAACUCUUCGAAAUAUUAAACAAACUCAUCAUCGAAUUACCAAUAUUAACAGAAAUCAAAUCAAUAAUAAUGUACGAGGAGGACGACCACAAAGACAACAAUCAACAUUAACUGCUUUGAUGUUAAUACAAGUUUGUUUACUUACUAUAUGUAAUUUACCUGUUGGUAUACAUAGAGUCUAUUCGACAAUCACUGAGAAUACCUACAAGAGUCCGGAACAACAAGCCAUUGAAACUAUCAUCCUUCAAUUGGUCUAUCUUCUCACUUAUGUCGGUAUUGCGCUACCCUUCUAUUUGUAUACACUUACUGGUAAACUAUUUCGGGAAGCACUUUUUCGACGUUAUUACUUGAUUUUUCAUCGUCGCAGAACAAAUCAAUCAAUAACCAUAGCAACAAAAUCUCGACCAAAUCAUGUUCAAAUAAAUGAAUUACAACAUGAAUGA